AGAAAGCAGGGCCGGCCGCCGCCGCCGCCAGCAGGAGGGAGGCGGGCGGGCGGGCAAGGAAAGUUCGACGGAAGAGAAGCGGCCGGAGGGAGAGGACGGGGGUGGGCACGCUUCGGGCUGCCCCUCCCGAAUUAGGGGGUGGCAGCUCCGCGGCUCAGAUCGCCCCCCCUCACGUGGAUGAUGGCGGCGCGCCCGGGCAGGAACUGAAGGACCACCUCCCGUUUCCAGCCGAAGGAUGAGGGUCUUCUCUGGAUGCUGCUGCUGCCGCCUCCAGGUGCUCUGGACUGCUUUGGCUGUCUCUGUGGCAAUUGGAUUCACCAUCCAGCUCUUGGGCGUCUCCCUUCAGAAGAGGGCCUCCUUGUCCCGGCUGCUCCCAACGCCCUGGGCCCCUCCAGCCGAAGUGCAGCAGGUGGGGGAGGCAGAAAGGCCCCCCAGGCCUGCCCUCCUGUGCCAGCCAAGGCAGCACUUGGUCUUCCUGAAGACCCACAAGACGGGCAGCAGCACCAUCGUCAACCUCCUGCACCGCUUCGGGGAGACACGGGGGCUGCGCUUUGCUCUCCCUGCCCGUUACCAGUUCAGCUACCCCAACCUCUUCCAGGCCCGGCGGGUCAAAGGGUGGCAUCCCCGGGGGCGCCCCUUCGACAUCCUCUGCCACCACAUGCGCUUCAACCUGCUCGAGGUCCAGAAAGUGAUGCAUCCCAACAGUUUCUACUUCUCCAUUGUGCGGGACCCAGUAUCCCUGGCAGAAUCCGCCUUCUCCUAUUACCAGGGCGUGGCGCCCGCUUUCCGUCGCGCUGGAUCGCUGCCCGAGUUUCUGGCCUCCCCGCAGCGCUUCUUCCGGCCGGGUGAACGAGGCAACCACUACGCCCGCAACCUGCUAUGGUUUGACUUUGGCCUGGACUUGCCAAGGGGCCCCAGCCCAGCCCCGGUCAAAGCCGCCCUGCUGGGGCUGCAGCGCACCUUCCACCUCGUGCUGCUGACAGAGCACAUGGACGAGUCCCUGGUCCUCCUGCGCAGCGCCCUCUGCUGGAGCCUCGAUGACGUGGUGGCCUUCCGGCACAACCUGCGCAGCCCGGAGGCGGUGCGCGCCCUGCAGCCCGGAGACGCUGCGCGGCUGCGGGCCUGGAACAGCCUGGACUGGCACCUCUACGUCCACUUCAACCGCACCUUCUGGGCCCGCGUGGAGCACUUUGGUCGGGCCCGCAUGGCCCAGGAAGUGGCUGCACUCCAGAAGCGGCGGGUGGAGUUGGAGCAGCACUGCCUGCAGGGCGGGGGUCCGCUGGAGCCUGGCCACAUUGCUGACGAGCGCAUCCGCCCCUUCCAGUUUGGGCAGGUGCCCAUCCUGGGUUACGCCUUGCGGCCCAGCCUGGCACCUGGAGACCAGGCGUUGUGCCAGCGCAUGGUCACCCCAGAACUGCAGUACAAGGACUUGCUGGACGCCCAGCAGUUUCCUCCACCCGGACCAGGCCACAGCUCUCCGCCCAGGGGAGUGAGGGAGCCACAGAAGGGCAGAGAGGCUGCUUUGGCACGGACCUCCUGACCCAGUGGGCCUGGGGCUUCCCGGGCUCCUGAAAGGUGCUUGGGUGGAGAUCCUCGAAUGGGCACAGAGGAGUCAUGGAACUGAAAGGACCCGCACGCAACACUUGCCUCCUGCCCGGCGGAACAACUGGCACUUAACUGUUUUGAUCGGUUUGAAGGCUGCAGUAUCCCACUCCCCAUGCCCUGGUUCUCUCUCUCUUCAAAGAGCCCUCCAAUCCCACAGCACCCAUAACUGCAAGUGGGACAGAAGCUUCAAAAGCAGGAGAACUCCCGCAAACACAAGCACUUCCCUGGGGGUCUCCUCUUGCUGGGCAGGCCAGCAGUUCCCCCCUCCUGGGGCUCAGCACAGCUGUGCCCUGCUUCUGUCCAGCCAUCAGUCCUGCUACCCAAAGGGUGGCGG